CGGCUCCAGAGGUGGCACCGCGCCACGGGCCGCCGAGCAAAAGCAGAUCGGACGAGCGAGGAAGCCGCGGGCUGGACAACCCCCGGCGAGGUGAUGGUAAACGCAGAGCUCGGCGAAACGGAGCGCUGCCCCGGUCAAGGCGGGCAGGGCUGCAGCUGAUUUGUGCUGGCAAAGCACCAGCCGGCUUUUCCCCAGCUGGAGCAUUGAGCUAAAAGCUGCUCAGUGGUGUGCAGCUUAAUCAUUGCACCAAGCUGUGUGGGGCUGAGAUGGGGCAAAAGAGGCUGCUGCUGGCUUGCAGGGGACCAAGUGUCUGCGUUCCAGCUUCGGAAGAGUUUCCGAGCCAGCAAGUGAGGGUGCAGAAACACCUGCCUUUCCCAAGAGCAUCGUCUCCUCCCCACGUAGACAAGGAGAGACUGGAGCCACCAAACAUCCCGCAGCCUCGUCCUUUCCAAAAAGCGGUGAUAUCCCUGCACGAAGCUCACCCAAGGACGUUUUUAAACCUCGGAUGCUGCUCAGAGAGGCAAAGUGAAUAUUUAUCUGAACUGAGGGUGAUGCCCUGCCACAGCUGGUGCACAGGACCUGUCCCCAGCCCCAGCACUGAUCCGCAGCCCAGAUGUGUUUUUAAUGAGCGGGAUGAAAACGGGGAGCUGCGCGGCCGUCUGCUUGCCUUGUGAACUUUGGGUCCAGUAUGAGACAAACAUUUCCUUGGACAAGCUGCUCCAGAGACAAUUCGAGGCUUGGAGGAGAAAAAGAAGAAUUAGGGGAAAAAUGUGACCCUGUGCAGCUCCUGGGAGGCCCCAGGGCAGCAUCCCAGCCCCGAGAGGAUUCGGGAAGAGCAGGGGCCAGGAGCACAGAAACAAGCCCUGCCUGCCAGCGCCGUUUCCUAAUCCCGCAGACCGACAAUGUGAUGGCUAAACCAGUGCUGAGCAGACAGCAUCCAAGCUGACCUUUGAGGAGACAAGCAACAACAACAAAAAAAGAGAAAACACAAGAGGUUUGCUGUGCAAACACGGGAGAAAAAUAGUCAUUUUUAACAAGGGACCACACCCUUAAAAUAAGACUUAUUAGUAAUGCAUUCCCAGGACAUUUCUGCAUGAUGGCACGCUACAAAAAUCCUCUUUGAACAGGGACCAAAGGCUUUAUUGUGGCAUGAGCAAGGCUUACAUUUCCCGGGAAAAAUCCUGUCCCUCUCUUGCAUCAUACAGUGGGGGACAGGCAGGACAUUUCCAGACAAGGAGGCAACCAGCCGGGAAGGAGGACAAACAGGGAGCGCGUUCCUGGCUCGCUAUUUAGUCGCCUCAGUGCAGGAGAGCUCCAGCAAGCAGAGGAGGCUCAGCAGCACCUGGCCCACGCAGAGCAGGUUCCCAGUGGUCCCCAGGAGCCCCCCUCUUGUAACCGCUUCUCAUCGCCAAGCUAUUACCAGUCAUCCCCCAGAUCUUUUGCUUCGCCUCGCUCCCCUUUUGCUGGCUGGAGAAGCAAUGUGCCCCCGUUCCCCAGCCCCAGCCUCGGGGUGCUUUUUAAGCCCCUGUGAGCUCCGUACCCAUCCCAGGGCUUUGUGUCGCUCCCACGGCAUUACGCUGAAAUAAAUGCAAAAAUAACCAGAUGGGAACUGAGAAAGUGGAGAGAAAGGAGUUGAUUUGUUGAAGUGGCAAAACGACCUAAGUUCUUCUCUGGGUUUAAUCCCCUCCUUAUGGCAUUUUCAGCCCAGGCACAUAGCUGUGCUCAUCACUGGGGCUCACAGGGAGCCGGCUGGUCCCGGAGCAUCACCGGGGUGUGUGUGUGUGCUGCGAGCCUCUCCGUUGUCUGAGCAACAGGACGUUCAUCACCAACCCCAGUGAUAAUUAACUCAUUUUCCUGUAUUUAUAGCAAACCGAUGCGGCGAGCGUUGGCACUUCUCCCUGACGGGGCCACGCUUGGCCACCACACCAGAGGCAACAACCUGAACGCUGGCCAUUUCUUGCAAUCCAGCAGCUCCGUCCUCGUCCCCGCUGCCUGCUCAUUAACGCCCAAAGCGGGCAGCUCGUUAAGCCCGCGAGGGCAGGGGUGCCCACCUCCGCUUGCCCUGCUCCGGGUUUGCUGCACGUUGCCGGCGCAGGGAAUGUUUGCGUCGGUGUUGCCUUCUCCAGAUGCCAGCGCCUGCAUACGCCUGUGCUAAAAAGAGCGUAGCUGCUGGCGAGGGAAGGUUUUGCUGCUUCGGCGGGGCUCGCUGCAGGGCAGUGCCGCACGGAUGUGCUGAUGCUCGGUGCUGGAGCAGCCUGACGUGCAGCCACGGCCACCGGAGAGGCAAGGGGCAUUUCUCUUCGCUUCGGGGCAUGUGUGUGCCAGUUUCCAGCUGCUCCCCUUGAAGACACACCGCAUUCCUCACCCCCUACCAGGGGGUCGCUUGGCCACCAGCGUUUUGGCAGGGCAUGAGCCAGCCCCGCGCGCCUCCCCACCACCUCCCCACAGACGGGGACAUCAACUCCUCGGCCGCUCACUGUCCCCAGCACUGGGUCGAGCCCCGGUUCACGCAGGCGGCAAGGGUGCGCGUGGCCAUCACGGCCGUCGUCUUCUUGCUGGCGGCGUGCAGCAACGCAGUGGUGCUGGGCAGCCUGCUGAGGAAGAGGAGGAAAUCCCACGUGCGGCCGCUCAUCCUCAGCCUGGCGCUGGCCGACCUGCUGGUGACGGUGGCGGUGAUGCCCCUGGAUGCUGUGUGGAACGUGACGGUGCAGUGGUAUGGCGGCGAGCUCUCCUGCAAGCUCCUCAACUUCCUCAAGCUCUUUGCCAUGUACGCAGCCGCCCUGGUGCUGGUGGUGAUCAGCCUGGACCGGCACGCCGCCGUCCUCCGACCCUUCGCCCGUGCCCGACGCCGCAACGGGUUGCUGCUGCGUGCUGCCUGGGCGGGCAGCGUGCUCCUGGCUGCUCCGCAGCUUUUCCUCUUCCACCUGCACACGGUCCCAGGAGGGAACUUCACCCAGUGCGUUACCCACGGCAGCUUCCGAGCACACUGGGAGGAAACCCUCUACAACAUGUUCACCUUCACCACCCUCUACAUCACCCCCCUGAGCAUCAUGAUCGUUUGCUACACCCGAAUCAUCUGGGAGAUCAGUAAGCAGCUCAAGGUCAACAAAGGUCUGGUAAGAAAUCAGAACGACCCCAUCUCCAAGGCGCGCAUGAAGACCCUCAAGAUGACGGUCGUGAUCGUCGCCACCUUCGUCAUCUGCUGGACCCCGUACUACCUGCUGGGCUUGUGGUACUGGUUCCAGCCAGCCAUGAUCCACAGGACGCCCGAGUACAUCAACCACAGCUUCUUUCUCUUCGGCUUGCUGCACACGUGCACCGACCCGGUCAUUUACGGGCUGUACACCCCCUCGUUUCGGGAGGACGUGCAGCUGUGUCUCAGGGGCAUCGAAACAGCAAUCACCAGGCACGAGAGACAUAAACCUGCCUCAGCCUUGGAGAAAACCGUCAAGGAUGGGGCUGGAAAUGGUAGGGGGGCAUCAGGGGGCUCCAACGGGACAACUGUCAACACGGUGUGCUGAGGAGACCCACAAAAAGGGGAUGGGAAGCACUGCCUUGGGGGCUGCUUUGUCCCGCAGGGGCCUUUUGGAGAUGGCCACAAGGUGGGUGCGGGUCUCCGGCCAGGAACAGGACAUGGGGGGCAUGGGCAGGAGGGCCACAAAGAGCCGCAGUUGGGUGGUGUGGGGUGGGGUUUCUUCUCCCUUAUGGAGACAGCCAGAAGGGAAAACAGUCCUGGCUGUCUUGUUCUGGUGCACAGGGUUGGUAUGGACACAUCCUUUUGUAGCGGCUCUCUGGGACAUGAGGUUGACCAGGAGGAAUAUUUGGGUAAUCAGAGGGUGAGAAGAAGACCUGAGGUCCCCAGGCACCCUGAGUGUCCCUGUCCCCAGCCCCUCUCUGGGCUGUGAGCCUGGCAGGUCUCAGACCCCGCACUGGGCUGCCACGAGCAGCUCGUGUGGGCUGAUGGAGCAAAACCCACUCUUUCUCCUCUUUUUUUUUUUUUUUUUUUUUUUCCCUUUCCCAUUAGUACACAUUUGGUUUGCCCCAGCACCAGCAUCCCACCUCUGCCCCCAAGCAGAGACCCUGCAGGUGCUGCCCAUGUGCAUCCCCAUGAGGAAUGUGAUGGGAAACAGCAGUGGGUGGGGGGCCCAUCAGCACCCAUGGGUGCCAGCUGGGUGCAGAUGGCUUCAGCUGCAUGGCAAGGAGAAGGGAGGCUGCUGGUGGGGCUGGGGUGAAAGAAGGAGCUGUGCUGCGGUGAGUAAAGUGGGUUUUAUUUUAUUUCUGCUUUCCACUGGUGUGCCAGAAGUUGCUUGUGGAGGUGGAGGCUUCUUCUCUGGGUGUAGGCUGACAAGUUGGGUUAAUUCAGCUGCCUUGUUCCCUUCUGUGCAGUUAGAGAUAAUGGAUCGUUUCUUUGUUCAUUAUAUACUGAUCGGUGUUAAAUGCAUUUUUUGCUUUUGAAGACAAACUUAGUUUGAGCCAGGUGGAUUUGGGGUUUUUGUGGAAAUCCUCGGACGGUUGGGGAGCUCUGGACUUGGCAGGAGGCAAUUUCCUGGGUAUUUUUGUGGCCACUGUGGUUUUCAGUGAGCAUCUGGACUUUAUCAGGAUGAGCGAGCUUUGUUGUAAUAACAAUUCUUGACUUGCUGUGGUUGUGACAAAGUGUGGUUGCUCACAGAGCUGGUGGGAUUUCAGUCAGAGAGGUGCAAGUGGUGCUUGCUGGGUGGCAAAGGUAUGGGAAGCCAAAGUGCUCCGGGUGACACCAGGCUGGGGACGGGUGCUGGGUGCUCGUCUUCCCCCAUGCUAAACAUCAUUUAUGCUAAACAUGCUGCCCAAGGAGGGGAAAAAAAAUCAAUUAGAGCUGCAGGAGCCCAGGCUGGCUGGUGGGGAUUAACGUGAGCCCUUUAGAAAGCAU